GAGAAAUUAUCUAAAAUGCCAAACAAUUGGCCAAUAAGUAGCUGUCACUGAUAUUACUGAGUGAACGUGUAAUAUCUUUGUGAUGGCAUUCUUUCUUAUCCUAUUUAAUGCAGAUUUCAGCAUUUUGAAAAAAGCUUAUGGUUUAAUAAAAGUAGCCACUGAAGAGAGACCAACGCUGGCUGGAGUGCAAACUGUUAGCCCGGAUUUGUAUGUGCUUUGUGCAGAACUUGCACUACAGUUUGAGCAACGUGACAUUAGCCAGGAUUGCUUGGAUAUGUAUUUCAAGGGAACACUUCCUCACAAUCAGUUUUUGGGUAGAGCAUAUCUUUGCCAAGCUGAACUGUACGCUCCAAAAUCUUCUGCGCAUGUUUCUGAGUUAAACAAGGCUAUAUGGUGCAUCCUCACGACUGUAUCAUUUGCAAAAGAAGAAGCAAGAUACCACUUCUUGGUUUAUAACGCAUCAGUUCUAUACUGGAGGAUAGUAAGGCCGUUUAUAAAACCUGGCUUCCGUGGCCAUGUGAUUGUAAGCCUCCUUGAAGUAAUAAAGGGAUUGCAAGCUAUUGAUGAUUUGGACUAUGAAUGGAGGGCUGAAUUAAGGAUUGCUCUCGUUGAAUGUUAUUUGGAUGCUGAAAAAAUCAAGGAUGCAACAAUGUUUGCCUACAGUACAGCGGAAUUCAUUCAAACUCAUGUUCCACACAUGUAUAAGAAGAUAUUUUCCAUACUGGUGUAUCAUAAGCUUGUGGAUCUUCUGAAAGUGGCUAAAGAGGUCAAAGGCUCCACUAAAUUGACGGCCAUUUACAGAAUUCAGAGAUUGAAAUCUCAAUUGGAAGCUAAAGAAACUCCGAAGGAUGUCUCGGUUCGAUUAAAUCUUAUCUAUCAGGUUUUAGCAUUGAAUAAAAAAACAAGAACAUCAGCAAGUUCAGAUCAGGCAACUGGACAGCUGACUGACAGUGAAAGGCUUUCUUUGCUAUUGGAUUUAACCCAUCUCGCCAUAGAAGUAAAGGAUAUUGAAAUGGCAUCAAACUGUGUUAGUGAUCUCCUGAAGGCAGAGCGAAUAGAUAAAGCGACAGCAAUGGAACUUGAAUGCGUGGAAUCAGAACUCUCAGUACUGAAACUUGGAGCUAAGUCAGAGAAAUGCACCAAAGGCUUUGUAAAACAUUGCUUGACAGUAAUUCAACGAAUAGAUGAAGUUCUACAGAAUGCCAUACGUGCGAAGAACUGGAAUCUAGUCCAGAUUGUGUGUAUAACACAGUGGAAACUUUGUCUACCUUUGCUUCAACCCAAUUUGCGUAAGAAUAUUUCUAAACAACUGACCAAUGUGGCUUCAAUUCUCAGUGAUCUUGACAGUUCUUUGUCCCAGCUCCGCUGUCAAGUUCAUAUAGAAAUUGCUCAGAUUGAAGAAGAUGAGGAACGGAUAGAGGUUGCCAUGGAGCAACUUAAAAAAGCUUAUUCUCUCUGUAAUAAAGGACCAUAUGAAAAAUACAUUACUGAAGAACUGCACCGUUUGCAAGUAUAUUCAGGAGUUUAUGACUCUCCCAAAGAGCUAGAAGAUCAAGCAAUCAAGAUGAUUGAACAGGUCAGAAGAAAUAGCAACUUGCAACACAGUCGAUCAUUACUGAUCAAGGCUGGACUGGCUCUGGCUUCUGAUGUUUUCCAACUGGUGCUAGAUGGUGAAAAUGAAGCUAAAGUAUUUGUGGCCCAGGGUAACAUAGGCUUCAUUGGCCUACUCGCUGCCAAAGCUCAAAAUCAUUUAAACUCUGCACAACAAACACAGGGAUAUUUGGAAAGACUUGGAAAUGUAAACGAUAAAUUGAGGGUGAGAAUUUGGGCUGAUCUAGCUAAAGUUGCACGGAAGCAAGAAGUUUGGGAUGUCUGUCGUACAGCUUGCCACUUUUGCCUAUUGUAUGAUGAUAGACGAUGGAUAAUAGAAAGAAUGCCUGCUGAAGAAACUAUAAAACUAAAUGCAAGCAUCUCAGAAAGAAGUAUUUCCAGAUCAGCGGGAAAUUUUACCAGAUCAGAGGGAAGUAUUAAUGCCGAUACAUCUUUAUCAAUAAAUUCCCCACACAAAGUCUGCUAUUCUUCAGCUGCUUUAAUCAGAAUCCUUGCUGAAGUAUGCUUCAUUAAUGCAGAGGCAGCCAUUCAGUUGUUAAAAUCACAAGGUGUUCAGUAUAACAACCAUGCAGUUUUCCCAGAAGAAAAACGGAAGGAACUUCAGGAAUUUGGAGCCAAAACUCCGGAGAGUGUUCCAGAAUGGAUAACGUACAGUAAUUGGAUAGAUUCUCUGUCGUCUUGUGCAACCAAGAAUUUUCUGCGGGGUGCAGAACUGGGCAUGGAAAUAGAUGAUGCAUCCAUUGUGUGCAAUGCAGCUAUCUACAUAUGGAACCAUAACAACCACCUGCUAGUUGCUGGGAGAUAUAAAGAGCUUGUUGAAACAUUUAGAACACUACUUGAUGCAUUAAAGCAGACAGGACAUUGUGGGGAAACCAUCUUUUUGGUCAUGCUGUGUAACAGCUUAUGUCAGGGCUUGAUUCAGCCUUGGAUACCCAGCCCUACAUCAAAUGAAAAGAAAGAAGUUACAAGGGGUUCCAUUACUGCUAACAUUAAAAGGGCACCUCCGAAGAAAGUUGAAAAACUGAAUAUUCUGCAGACUCUAGUUGUUGAUCCUGAAGGUAUUCCUGAAAUAACUGAGGCUCUCCAGAUCUGUGAAUAUAUACUGAAUGCUACAAAUGGAAAUGAACCCUCUGAUGUUGUUCCCAUUUCUGUGAGACGUCAGAUUGUUGUUACAUGGGUCAAAGUAAAACAGCUUCUUCAGCAACAAAUAGGACCAAAUCUGGGAAUGGAUGAUGAGCAGAGUAACGAUAGCCAGGCUCCAAUGAUCCAGGCUCUUGUUGCUCUGGAGAUGUAUUCUUGUAACAACAGCAACCUGAUGAAAUUUACUGUUCCCAGUCUUCAUGAGUUGGAGAAACAAAUAUUAGACUGUACCUGGUCCGAUCAACUGCUGGAGCUGGAAGUAUUGAUACGUUUGAUGCAACUUGCUAACCAGAAUAACGAUGAUUCAUUACUAAUGCGAUGUGCCCAGAAAGCAUUUGAAUUGAAUAUAAGUACUGCUUCAAGCACUGAUUCCAAAAUGCACGAAAAGCAUAAUUACAAGGUUCAGCAAGAGUUGCUGAGUGUUGCUGCUAGUAUUAAAGGGCAGAGCAUGAUGAAAAAUGCAGCUGGAGACAGCGAAAUGCGCAUCUCCGCCAUCAGAACGUUUGAAUUGAGUGAAGAAGAAAAGGAAGAAAUGAUUCAGAAUUCAAAAGUUAAACAACAACAACUUCCCUUUGCACAAGGAGCAUUAUCAACAUCUGUCGAUGAUCCUGAAGAUGAUCUGAAAUUAGUGGCAGCACUGUAUGGCCUUUUAUUCCACAUUUAUAUAAAUAAAGGAGAUUGGAAAGCUGGGCUGAAAGUGUUAGAUGAUGCCAUUCGGGAUAUGCCCAGAUGUAAACAGAGGCUGCUUCUCUUCAAGCACAGAAUUAUGGUGAAUACAAGACUUAGUCACGGUAUCAGCAUGGACAUGCAGAAAUUGAAGGAUGACAGCGAAGAAUAUGUAUCUUACAUGUGGCACCGUGUAGCAGUUUUCUCAAAAGAAAUUACAGAUCAAUUAACUUGUUACCAAAAUUCAAUAGAUGUUUUGAAGAAUCCAGAAAGUAACUGGCAGAAAAUCAACCAACUGAUUGUGUUUGGUGAGUGGCUGUAUUGCAAUGGAUUUCCUCAAAGUGAUGCUUACUGCCAGUUGGACUGGGCUGUGGAUUUACUUCUGAGCAUGAAACCAAGUUUGGAGAUUAAGGAGGAAGCAGAAGACCACUUUGAAAAGGAGAAUCAAUCAAAAAUUGACAACUUGGUUCCGACAAAACGUCAACAGUUGAUUGGAGUACAAUCUAUUGACACUAACCCAUCCUUAGAAAACUUACAAGAUGUGAGACAACUGGAAACGUUAGUGAUUGCACAAACUAUAAUGGCGAUAGUAGCAGGUCGUGAAUCAUGCAAGCAGCAUUGCUUAAUGGCAUAUGGUUAUGUUAUGUGCAUAUGGCAGGUAUCAUUGACAGCAGCAGAGACAGUUAUGAAACAAUUAUCUAUAGCUAUUUCAAUGAUCCGUACUGACACAGGAACAAAGUCAAAUAAAUCAAAGGGCAAGAGAGAGUCAGCAUUGGAGGCUCAAGAUAAGGGCAAAUUAAAAAUGUUGCCUGCAGUGAUGCCUACUAAUCCAGAGGAGUGGGCAAAUUUUGUAUGCCCCAGUGAAGUUCGAGAUACAUUUAAGAGGGGCUCAAGCUGCAGCUUGAUCAACAAGAAAAGUUUCCUGAGACCUACCUACAGUUUAUUCUACCUGGAUUUAUUGGUGAAGGAGUUGCAAGCCAUUUCAUACACACACCUGACGUUGCCGAUUCUUCAGCUGGCAGAUUUCAUAGCCACUGAGGUGUUGGAUAGCAAGAGCCUCUCUGAUUUUUACCAUCUCAGGCUUGCCCAGAUAUGUUUAGAACUGAAUCUAAGGCAGUCUGCACAGUACCAUGAAAAGAUACCUGGAUCAGUGUUUAUUCAUGAGGCAGAACGAGCUAAAUGUCGGCAAGAAGUUGCUCAUCUGAAAGAUCGGAGAUUGCAUGCUGCAAAGGAAAACCAGUUAAUUGAAAAUGAAAACCUAGCUGAAACACUAAAAGAUUCAAACAAGGAAAUGAUGCCUACUAUGUCACCUGUGAUGAAUCGCAAGAAGUUGAGUGGAGUUUCUGUGAUGGAUGUUUGGAUUAAUAAAGCAGAAGUCUUGCUGCAGCUUGCAUUUUAUCAGCCUGCCAGAACUCUACUAGCAGAGGCUCACAUGGUUGCAAAGGAGUUUCAAGACAAAGCCAAUUUGGCAAAGGUCCUAUACCUUCUGGCUGUUCUAGCUAAUUGUGAAAAAAACCACGGUCAGGCUAAAUUGCUGUUGAAAGAAGCUCAAAGUAUUGGAGGAAAUGAAUACUUCUGGUAUGACACAAUUACUUGUCUGAUAUGUGCAAUUCAGGGAGAAAAUCUUAAGAAUUCAAAGGAACAGGUUUGCAGCAUCUUAAAACAGGGCAUUGCAAAAUACCAGACUGUUUUAGAGGAAAGACCUCAUCGACAUACAGUUCUUAAAUUUAUGAUUACUUCAAUGGAAGCCAAAUUGGAAUCAAUUGAAAUAGAAUUCAUGAAAACAUUAGGCUAUUCUUAUUUAAGGAAACCAGAAAACAUGCAAAAGUUGUCAUCAGCUUGUGCUAAAAUGGAACAGUUUGCAAAUAUUAUGCUGCACUAUGGAUACAGAGAAGAAUCAGUGGAUGUAAUGAGACAACAUGCCGAUAUACUAACCAUGCUCGCUAAAUACAGUGAAGAGGAGGAAACGAAGCAUCGUCAUCUAUUAAAUGCGUACUCACUGAUAACGAAGGCCAUCUUGAUUGAAGAAGAAGCCUUCAGUGACCUGAUGAGCUUGUUGCCACUUAAAGCGUUGACAAAUUUAAGUUUGCCUCUGAUGAGGAAGCUGGCCUCUCUCAAGUUAAUUUUUGUGCAGUUGUCUUUGAACAUUCUGAAUUUGGUUAUCAUGAAAGAUAAAAAGGAAGCUGAAGCAGCAAGACGGAAAGGAUUGCUACAGCUCAUUGUUGAGGAAUUCAUUAGUUCCACACCUGAUUACACACCGGUUGAAAAGGAAUGGGUGACUGUGACCAGGUCACUGGGACAAAAAGCUCUGGCUCAGCUUGCAAGUGCACAUAACCUGAGCAAUGGCUCUGAAGAAAUUAGAUCCAAAUGUCUCUAUCUAACUGGCAAGUGCCUGCGGUUGUUAGCUGUAAAAGUUGAUCCAAUUAACCCAGGCUUCAAUUGGGUUCAACAAAUGCUGCAUGAUUUGGAGGAAACUAAUGAUGAUCUGCCAAAACAGGCCAAAUUUACAAAAGAUGAUGAACAAAUUGAAUCAAAGCCUGUCGAUUUGCAGCUGUCUGCUGAGGAAGAAAGUGAACAAGUGGAAUCAAAAUCUGAAAGUCCAGCAUUGCAACUUUCUACCUAUCAAAUAGAAAAAUGUGCUGCAAAGGCUGCAUGCCUGAAGAAGGAACGAGCAAUAGCAUGGGUAUAUUUGGCUCAUGCCAGUGAAGUUUUGAUCCAGUCCAUGAACCUGGCAUUAAACAACCAGCUUACUGAUAUUUUAGCAGCUGCGAGUCUUGACAUGGUUGAAUGUUUUGGCCAAUUUGAUCCAGUUUCAGCAAGUCAGUACUUAGCACUCCAUCAGUCAAAGAAGCCAAUAUUUGAAAGAUCCAUGCUAUAUGGAGCACUUCUUGAGAAACCAAAAUCAAAAAACGUUGACAGAAAGGGCAAAGGCAAUCAAAAUCCAAGUCCAACACAAGCUAGAAUUGUUCGUACUUCUGUAUGUCCUGAAUUAUUUUCAAAUAUAUUGGCCAGAGUCUCCAGAUAUAAGCAGAAGCUUGCACAGUACCUUGUAAAACUCGAAUACCAGCGUAAUUACAAGAUGCAAAGGCAGGACGAGUUUCAACAUUUACAAGAAGACAUGAAUCUAGAUGUUAAAGCCAAAAGUACUGUAGAACUUGAACUCAGCCUCGAUGCAGAUUUCUCCGGUAUUAUUGCAUCUAUGGAAGAUUACCUGAAUCCUGUUCUGUCACAGUUUGACUUUACAUUUUCUCCUCAACAGUCUUCCCCAGUAGCAGGCACGGAUUCAGCAAAAUCAAAACCCAAAAGGAAAGAGGACAAAUCAGUGGGUGAAAAGUCAACUCCAGGCCAUUCUCAAGAUUUAGGAGAAUUUGUAAUUCUCUUGGCUGACAAACUAUUGUUGGAACUGCCUUUGGAAGUUUUGAGUGCUUUGCAGGAGGAUGCAAUCACCUCAGUGUCAAGAGAUUUUUCAUUGCAGUUGCUUUACAAUCGCCUACACAGAGACGUGUUGGACACUGUAUACAAGGAGAAGAAGAGUCCAAAAGCAAAAGGAGACCACAAGAAAGCUAUUAAAAUGGUACCAAUUAACCGUGUUGUACCAUCAAGCUGUUUUCCAGUGAAUACUCACAAUUUCAAAUAUAUUGUAGAUCCUUAUGAUGAAACUAGUGACUCGGGAGCAUUCAGUCCUGUGAAAGUAAUGACAGACAUUAUAGAAAAAUAUUCUUCACAGUUCACAGCACACUGGCAUGGAAUCAUGGGUAUUGAAUAUGUCCCAAGUCAUGCAGAUUGGGAAGAAAUGCUAAAAAGUUGCAAUGCAUUUGUCUUUUAUGGAACAGAGCGUUUUCUUGCAAAUGUAUUACCUUCAAAAAUCAUUACCAUGAAUCUUCCAGAAUGCCAGUUAAUGAUUAUUCUGGAUCUGGCUCAAACAUGUCAAAGUUUUCGUCAUCAGUCCAUUCUGGACAGACCAAAGAGUGCAAUGCAGUUGUCAAUAGAGAAACAAAUGGAUGCAGCAAUACUCCUAAGCCUGACUGGAGUUCGCUCCAUUAUGAUGAAUCAAUGGCAUAGUACACUUCACGACAAUGCCAAAACAUUUAAUAAACUUGCAAAAAAUUUGUUGGAAGUUGGCAAAACAACUGGCCAGACAAUUCUUGAAAUAAUCAAAUCUGGAGCAGGAAAUGAGUCUGCAAAUGAUAAUCAAUUGCCUGCUAAGAAUUCAGAUGCUUUAGUGGAAGAUGACUCCUUAUCCAGACACCCUACUUCACAGACAAGCAAUCAUUCAGAAGAAUUACACAAUCAGCAAACUGUUUUUAAUUUCAUCCUUUAUGGACUACCAAAUCUAAUUGUCACUUAGUCUAUUGAAAGGCAAAGUAUUAAAUCUUCCGCUAUGCAGUUUUGCUACACAAAAUGUUUAUCCUCUUGCACUGUAAGCUGCUAGAAAUCAGUACACAGUUGAUCCAUAAAGUACGUUCUAGUUCAACCUCACCAGUCCAAAAUACUUUGGACCAAUAAUUUUUCAAUCUGAGUGUAGAAUGACAUUAGAAUGUCAUAAAUGUGGAUCAGAAAGCGCAGUAGGUAGAAGUAUUUACCUGAUGUAUAAAACGAUGAUAAAAUAUUACAAAACUGUAAUAAAAAUGUUUACUUAUCCAAA